CUUGCCGACAGUGAGAGAGACGAGCAUCGUUCUAGACUCGGCGGGCAGAGUAACGAGAUGCAAUUGGGAAUAGCCUCACGAAGUGUUCGGCGCGGUUGAUAUGGAGAGAGAAGGCCGUGGUAAUGUCUCUGACGCGACCGGGACGACCUGACAGCUCUAGCACAUUUCACGACAGGAUGUUUUGGUGAAGUUACACGGUUAACAAACAACAGAUAAAGACAGUUGCGCCUGGCCCCCAGUUCCAGGUCGGUGCAAGCAGGCCCAGUGUCUUGGCAUGAACAGUCACCACUCCAGCUCGGACCCACUUUCCGAAACUCAGUGUGUGGGCUUCUCAACCUGGAAGCAGUGACGCAGGCUCAGGUACCCGCUGCGGGCUAGCUUGGGGAAGGGCGUGGGGGACACCCCGCCAUGCAUCACCAGGCCUCAGCCAUCCUCGGCCCGGGUUCUUCGAGCAGGUCGCCCUUUCGACUCCCGUUCCAGCAGUGUCCUAGGCAGCCAGACAGGCAGAAAGCAGACAAUCUUACUGCCAUGCUGUCCGAUAUUCCGUCCGAGACGCCGCCAAACAACCUCGCCGCCCUGGCCGAGGACCACUACUUCUCUGCCAAUCCGCCGCCGAAGGACCUCGAGAAGCAUGUUGCGCUCGCUCGCGAAUUCAUCAACUACCACUCAGCCGCGAACAGGCGCUUGGUGUUGAUCACGUCAGGGGGAACAACAGUGCCGCUGGAAAAACAAACGGUGCGCUUCAUCGACAACUUCUCGGCCGGCACCCGCGGAGCGACAAGCGCCGAGUAUUUCUUGGAAGCUGGAUAUGCGGUUUUGUUCCUGCAUCGCCAGUUCUCCCUGCUUCCGUUCUCCCGCCACUACAGCCAUGCAACCGACUGCUUCCUCGACUUCCUCCGAGAAGGCCCCAAUGGCAGCGUCGUGGCUCGGGAUGAGGACUCGGCGAAGAUGUUGCAUGUGUUGCGGAAAUACCGCGAUGCGCGCGAUCGCAACAUGCUCCUGCUCCUGCCGUUUGUUAGUAUUUCUGACUAUCUGCAUGAGCUGCGCAGCGUUGCUCAGCUAAUGCGGCCGCUCGGCCCUCGUGGUCUCCUGUACCUGGCUGCCGCCGUGAGCGAUUUUUUCGUUCCGCCGGACCGCAUGUCGGAGCACAAGAUCCAGAGCACCAAUGCUGCUGAUGUUUUCAAGAGGACUGGCGAUGCCAACUCUCGCCCGGCGGCCGAAGAGGAGGAGACAUUUGACAACUUCGACUCAUCGCCAUCGGUGCCCAGAAGCAAGCGCCUAGUCAUUGAUCUGGACCCUGUUCCCAAGUUCCUGAAAAACCUGGUCGAAGGCUGGUCCCCGCAGGGUAUGAUUGUCUCGUUCAAGCUCGAGACGGAUCCAACUAUCCUUGUGCACAAGGCGAGAUACUCGCUGGAUCGUUACCAGCAUCAUCUCGUAAUCGGUAACUUAUUAUCCACCAGGAAGUGGGAAGUUGUGUUCGUUUCUCCGGGAGCCCCUGACCGCUGGAUCCGUGUCCCGUUUCGCAAGAGCGGAGUGGCGAGCACUGCUCCGGCCUUGGAGACAGAGAAGGACGAGCCUCUCGAUCCCAAGAGCCUGCCUGAAGCCGAACCUGAAGUGGAAAUUGAGAGUCUCAUCAUUCCAGCCGUGCGGGAUCUCCAUACAAAGUACAUCAACUCGUUAGAGGAGAAGGGGCGGGCUUGAAGCAAGGGCCGGCAGCGGAUGAAGCCGAGAUAGAUCUGCAAUAGCGACUUGCUACAUAUUUUUCGAGCGUCAUGACCAUUGUAGUCAACAACGUGACUCGUCAAUCUCUUUCGGUGUCGCCUGUCCGACUCGUUCUCGUUCACCGACAACAGGCUGUUCCAGGAUAUUGGGCUCAGAAACCGCUCCCUGUUGCGCCCGUGAGUUGGGUUUCAUCUUAAGGCACUGACUACGUGGACGAUCUCAGUUUGGUCCUUGCAGCUGUGCUUUCCU